UCAUCACUCAUUUGCAAUUGCAACUAGUCCUAAAAAAAAGUCAUAGAAAAAAGAGAGAGAGAGAGAGAGAGAGAAAUACUUAGAAAUCUCAUCAUCAAGUUCUUGAAACUUUUCUCAUCUAGAGAGCAAAAAAAUAAAGCAAUAUUUGAAAAUAAAGGCAAAAGGGUCUAAAAAAGUGAGAAGAAAAUAAGAAUGGCAGAGAGUUCAGUAUCAUUUUUGUUGGAGAAGCUAACUUGGUUACUUCAAGAAGAGGUAAAUCUACAAAGAGGCGUCCGUGAAGAUGUUCAAUACAUCAACGACGAACUCGAACGCCACAAGGCCAUCUUGAUGGCAGCUGAUUCAAUGGAAGACAAAGACCCUGAACUCAAAGUAUGGGUUAAAAGGGUUAGAGUUAUUGCUCAAGACAUGGAAGAUGCUAUAGAUGAAUACUAUCUUCGCCUUGUCGAUCAUCAACAAGGAAAAAUCAGAUCUUAUUUUCACAAGAUUCUUUUCGGCAUUAAGACCAUGAAAGCUAGACACAAAAUAGCUUCAAAUAUACAAGGAAUCAAAUCAAAAGUUGAAGUUAUCUUGCGUAGGCGUCCAAUCAUACCUGAUGUAGCUUCAAGCUCAAGUCAAAGGUUUUCAUCAAGGCUUGAUAGUCAAGGUGAUGCCCUUUUGCUAGAGGAAGCUGAUUUAGUUGGAAUUGAUCAACCAAAGAAGCAGCUGACUGAUUUGCUUUUCAAAGAUGAAUCAAAGAGAGAAGUGAUUUCGAUCUAUGGUAUGGGAGGUUUAGGGAAGACAACAUUGGCAAAACAAGUUUAUGAUGAUCCAAAAGUCAAGAAACGUUUCAGGAUUCAUGCUUGGGUUAAUCUCUCCCAAUCUAUCAAAAUGGAAGAGAUACUGAAAGACCUUGUACAAAAACUCCAUAAUGUUUUUGGAAAACCUGCUCCAGGAUCAAUUGGAACGAUGAAUAAUGACGAUCUGAAAGAGUUGAUAAAGAAUUUGCUUCAGAGAAGCAGGUAUCUAAUUGUUCUUGAUGAUGUAUGGAAUGUGAAAGUAUGGGACGAUGUGAAGCAUUCCUUGCCUAAUAACAACCGUGGAAGUAGAGUGAUGCUUACCACACGCAAGAAAGAUAUAGUUCGUGCUGAAUUAGGUAAGGACUUUCACCUUGCAUUCUUACCUGAGCAAGAAGCUUGGUCUCUUUUUUGUAGGAAGACAUUUCAAGGUAAUUCAUGUCCUCCUCAUCUUGAAGAAGUUUGUAGGAAUAUCUUGAAAUUGUGUGGAGGGUUGCCACUAGCAAUUGUAGCAAUAAGUGGUGCUUUGGCUACAAGAGGAAGAACAAACAUAGAAGAGUGGCAGAUAGUUUGCAGAAGUUUUGGUUCUGAAAUUGAAGGCAAUGACAAACUCGAAGAUAUGAAAAAAGUACUUUCCUUAAGUUUCAAUGAAUUGCCUUACCAUCUUAAAUCAUGUUUGUUGUAUUUAAGCAUCUUUCCGGAGUUUCACGCUAUCGAGCAUAUGAGAUUGAUUCGAUUGUUGAUAGCUGAAGGAUUUGUAAAUAGUGAAAAUGGCAAGACACUAGAGGAAGUUGCAGAUCGUUACCUUAAGGAGCUUUUGAACAGAAGUUUGCUCCAAGUGGUAGAAAAAACCAGUGAUGGAAGGAUAAAGACUUGUCGAAUGCAUGACCUUCUAAGAGAAAUUGUUAAUUUCAAGUCAAGGGAUCAGAACUUUGCAACAGUAGCCAAAGAACAAGAUAUGGUAUGGCCGGAACGAGUUCGUCGUUUAUCAGUCAUAAAUUCGUCACAUAAUGUACAUAAACAGAACAAGACCAUAUUCAAACUUAGGUCUCUGCUAAUGUUUGCAAUAUCAGAUUCAGUCAAUCAUUUUUCUAUCCAUGAAUUAUGCUCCUCCACUGGUGUUAAGUUGCUCAAUGUACUAGACUUGCAGGAUGCACCUUUGGAGGAUUUUCCUGUUGAAAUUGUAAACCUUUACCUUCUGAAGCAUCUAAGUUUGAAAAAUACAAAGGUGAAAAGCAUUCCAGGUUCAAUUAAGAAGCUGAAAUACUUGGAAACAUUGGAUCUUAAGCACACUUAUGUCACGGAAUUGCCUGUUGAAGUUGCGGAGCUGAAACGGUUACGCCAUCUCCUGGUGUAUCGCUAUGAAAUUGAAUCCUAUGCUCAUUUCCACUCAAGGCAUGGCUUCAAGGUGGCUGCACCUAUAGGAAACAUGCUAUCAUUGCAAAAGCUUUGUUUCAUAGAGGUAGAUCAAGGAAGCAGAGCCUUGAUGGUAGAGUUAGGAAAACUCACUCAACUUAGGAGGCUAGGCAUAAGAAAAAUGAGGAAAGAAGACGGUGCUGCUUUGUGUUCAUCUAUUGAGAAGAUGAUCAAUCUUAGAUCACUUAACAUAACUGCAAUAGAAGAUGACGAGAUAAUCGAUAUUCACAACAUUUCGAAGCCUCCUCAGUAUCUUCAGCAGCUAUACUUGAGCGGUCGUUUAGAGAAGUUUCCUCAAUGGAUAAAUUCUCUCAAGAAUUUGGUCAAAGUUUUCUUAAAAUGGAGCAGGUUAAAGGAGGAUCCUCUUGUGUAUCUUCAAGAUUUGCCAAAUCUUCGACAUCUUGAGUUUCUUCAAGUUUAUGUUGGUGAUACAUUGAAUUUCAAUGCAAAAGGGUUUCCAAGUCUAAAGGUGUUAGGGCUUGAUGAUUUAGAAGGACUCAAACAUAUGAUAAUUGAAGAAGGAGCAAUGCAAAGUCUUAAGAAGUUGGUUAUGCAACGAUGUGGUUCAUUCAAGAAUGUACCAUUAGGCAUUGAACACUUAACUAAGCUAAAAACAAUCGAGUUCUUCGAUAUGCCUGAUGAAUUGAUUAUGGCACUCCGUCCAAAUGUAGGGGCAGAUUAUUGGAGAGUACAAAAUGUUCCAACAGUUUAUUCUACUUAUUGGAGGGAUGGUGGUUGGGAUGUUUAUUCAUUAGAGACUUUUGGGGAGAGAGAGAGCGAUUCCAAUCAUAGUAGCGCAAAGAGGACUCGUGAGCUUCCUACUCUUUGGAAGGUUUAACUUUGGUGUUUGAUUUAUUUAUUCUUUUAAAUAUUGCAAUCAUGUUGUAUGCUUAACAGAUGGAUAUUUUUUAGUUUUCCAUUAUGUAGUAUGCACAAGUGACAUCAAAUUUAUGUUAAGUUUCAACCAAAUAAAUCAUGGAGCAUAAUCUGUUUUUGUGAACUCUUUGAGAUUUCAGAAUAAAAAUGUAUGUUCAAUUUA